AUGAACGAUCUAAUGACCAACUCGUUCACGUGCUACAUUGACCUAAGGAAAGCAGCGAUGAAGGAUUUGGAAGCAGAACCAGACUUUGAUGUCGAGAUGGCAAACAAAACAGAUGAGAAUCUCUCUUGUUUUCUCGAAGAAGCUGAGAAAGUGAAAGCACUCUCUCGGAUCCGAGCAAGUGGGAGCGUGGCUCCGCUCGUGGGGAGCGCGGCUCGGCUCGGAGAGGGCGGCUCGGCUCGGGGGAGCGCGGUUCGCGGCUCGGGGGAGCGCGGCUCGGGGGAGCGCGGCUCGGGGGAGCGCGGCUCGGGGGAGCGCGGCUCGGGGGAGCGCGGCUCGGGGGAGCGCGGCUCGGGGGAGCGCGGCUCGGGGGAGCGCGGCUCGGGGGAGCGCGGCUCGGGGGAGCGCGGCUCGGGGGAGCGCGGCUCGGGGGAGCGCGGCUCGGGGGAGCGCGGCUCGGGGGAGCGCGGCUCGGGGGAGCGCGGCUCGGGGGAGCGCGGCUCGGGGGAGCGCGGCUCGGGGGAGCGCGGCUCGGGGGAGCGCGGCUCGGGGGAGCGCGGCUCGGGGGAGCGCGGCUCGGGGGAGCGCGGCUCGGGGGAGCGCGGCUCGGGGGAGCGCGGCUCGGGGGAGCGCGGCUCGGGGGAGCGCGGCUCGGGGGAGCGCGGCUCGGGGGAGCGCGGCUCGGGGGAGCGCGGCUCGGGGGAGCGCGGCUCGGGGGAGCGCGGCUCGGGGGAGCGCGGCUCGGGGGAGCGCGGCUCGGGGGAGCGCGGAGGCUUGGAUAUAAGUAGAUGA